GUUGCGGGGGGCCGCCUUCGGUUCCGUGCGGAACCGCACGCGGAACCAGCCGUCGUGAGUCGAAUGGCUCCAGGCAACCUCUCGCUCCCGGACGAGGGAGACAGCCCAUCCCGCAGCCCCUCUGCCAGUCCCUCGAAUGGUCGGCCACGCUCAAAAGCGGCCAGCCGCCUCAACGACUUCUUGGAUCGGCAGAGCGAGCCGACUCCGCAGUACCUGAUCCGGCGGGCCACCUCCAAGCUACACCGGGAGCUCGUGGAGGAUACCAGGAAAUCGGAUGACGCCGGCCUGCUGGGGAAUCAGGGCCCCGAGGGCUUCCGCCGAUUGCUCGCGGGCAAGUAUGGCUCCGUGGCGGCGGCCUGGCGGGUAGCGCUGGACCCGGAUGGCAACGGGCGCAUCUCCUUUGGUGAGCUGAACCACCGCUGCCGGCUCAUGGGCUUCACGGGCAACCUCCGGAAGCUGUGGGGUGAGCUAGAUGUGGAGAAGGGCGGGUUCAUAUCCCUGAAGGAGAUCGACCCCAAGGCGCACCAAGACCUGGAGGACUUUAGGGCCCUAUGCAUGGAAAAGCACGGCAACAUGAUGAACGCCUGGCAGUAUGGAUUCAACAUCGAAAACAAGCCUGGCUUGCCCGAGACGGUUUUCAUCUCGCGCUGCCAGGAGUUGGGCUUUGCAGGCGACGCCCGACGGCUCUUCAAGCUGCUUCGCACGGACUGGAGCCGCCGGGAGUUGAAGCUGGAGGAUUUCGACCCCCAGACGGGCGACGCGGUCUAUAGGGCAGACCCGUGCGCCGAAGCCAUCAGCUAUGGCGGCGGGCGAAAGGCUACUGCACCUCCCAAGCCCAAGGCGCCAUUGUCUCCGCUGAUUAUGACGCGCUGCAGCACCACCCAGAGCCUGAAGCGCACGCGCCCGCGCCUGAAGACUGCGCCCAGCUCUGUGAUGUCCAGCUCGCUCUCGGCGAGCCUGCUGAGCCCCACGGCGGGCAAGCGGCCUAUGGCCAGCACCCUGGAUGAGUUCAGCAUGGAAGACUACCUUUUUGGCGACUCCAUGAGUCAGACCUUGAGCGGGAACACGGAGGGGGAGUUCUCUGCUUCGAGACCAGGCAGCAAGGCGAGGACCAUGAAGCUGCUGUCCACUAUGAACUUCGACGAGGACGUCUCCCCGCGGCCUUGUAGCAAGGCGCGCUCUUUGAGGCUUGAGUCUGAGGAGAGGUGGGAUGUGGCAUCACCGACCAGGAAUUCGGACUACAUCCGCAGCUGCUCGAAGAUCCAGGUGCUAGACAGGUCGCUGCGGGAAGAAGAGAAGCUCAAUGCUGACCUGGGCAUGCAGAACAAGGAGGAGCUAUUGCUGCAGCUGGGCCUGAAAUAUGGCUCCAUGCGAAUGGCCUGGAAGGAGGUCUUCGACCCCUUCGAUUCUGGGAAGAUCGGGUUCCAGGAGUUCUGCGACCGCAUGCGCCAGAUUGGGUUCAUGGGCAACAUGAAGGACUGCUGGGUGGCCCUGGGCGCGGACCGGGACGGCGUGCUGCGGCUGCGGCACCUGGACCGGAAGUCCGACGAGCUGAUGCAGGGCUUCAGGAACCAGCUCUCGGACAAGUACGGGAACAUGCUGCUUGCCUGGCAGCAAGGCUUUGACCCAACGGGCCUCACCCUGAUUGACGAGGCAGCUUUCGUGAAGCAGUGCAGCGCAGACGGUGUGGAGGGCGACUUGGUCCAGCUUUUCCAUGACUUACUGGACGACCCCAUGCGCCAGAAGCAGUUCAAAAAGAUGUCGCUGCGAGAGUUCGACCUGGCGGCCUUCGAAGCCUACGCCCGCAGGGACCAAGACAUGAUCGUGGAGGCGCAGAAGGGGGAGAAGCCCAACCCCUUGGAGCUGACCUUCGACGAGCGCCAGGACAACAUGUUCUCUGUGAAGUGGACGCGGGCGCAGAGCAAGGUGAUGCGCAGUGAAAUGGCGGCCAAAGUGCAGCAGGAAAACGAGGCGGACAUGGGCUGUGAGACCUUGGCAACUCUGAAGGCUAUGCUGACCAAGAAGUACAGGAAUUUGGCGAUCGCCUGGAAGGUGGCGCUGGACCCUUUGGGCCAGGGCCACUUGUCCAAGGAGGAUUGGUUCAAUGCCGUCCGCAAUCGCAUCGGCUUCAACGGCGACCUCCGGAAGCUUUGGGAUGAGGUGGCGAAGCCCGGCCACGGCCACGUUUCGCUGAACGAUUUGGAUCCGCAGUCGGUGCAGGUGCUCUGGGAGUUCCGGGCCUUCCUGCUGGAGACCUACGGGGACAUCAUGACUGCCUGGCACCAUGGCCUUGAUCCCAAGAAACGGGGCAAGCUGGAGGAGGAGGACUUCCUGAAAGCCAUGAAAGACAUGGGCUAUGAGGGCAACGCCAAGAAGCUCUUCUCGCUGCUCUUGGCUGAGCCGCACCGGAAGUACAUUCUGCUCCGAGACAUCGACCCCAAGGCGGCGGAUGCCUUCUUCCGCGGCGACGACAGGGCCCUGACGCUCUAUGGCACACGAAGCGGCCCUUCGGCUUCUCCGAGCAAGUGGACAGGAAAGUUGCAGAGCCCAAAGAACGGCGAGAAUGAUUUGGAGGGCACGCCCCGCAGCGUUGGGGAGAGCAGUCCCAAGCUGGCGGUGCCGAGCAGUCCUUCCAAGAGGCCGUCCUCGCGGGCGUCGUCCAACCAGUCGGUGGCGCGGUCAGAGGCUCCUGAGGAUGCGGUGUACCGCCCGACUCGCAUCGCCAUUUGGUCGGAGGAGCUGGGAGCACGAAAGCGGCAGGGCGCGGAGAUGCGCUUGAAGCAGGAGCUGGAGCUGCAAAUGGGCCCCAAGUGCCUGGACGACUACCGCCGGCAGCUGGUGAACGUGAGCGGAUGUCUGGCGGCAGCUUGGAAGAAUCGCAUGGACACCGAGUGCACUGGGCGCCUCUCCUUCAUGCAGUUUUGCAUGGGCAUCGACCGCACUGGCGGGUACUCGGGCAGCGUCAAGCAGCUCUGGGCGGAGAUCUCCGGGGAGAAGGACGACAUCACCUUCCAGGACCUCGACCCAGACGGGUACGAGCUCCUCCAGGCCUUUGGCAGCACCCUGAUCGACAAGUGCGACACCCUCGGGGAGCGGGAUCCUGCCGCCGCGGCCUUCAAAGCUUUCUGGAGCAAGAUCGAGAAGUACAGAGACGAGCAAUUGGACGAGGAUGAGUUCAUCAGCCGAUGCCUGGAGAACAUCGAGGGCCUCUCCAAGCGCGAGCUGAAGAGGAUCUUCAAGAUGCUGCUGCCGGAGCCCAGCACGGGCCGGGUGAAGGUGAUUCAGAGCGACCUCCAGGUGGUGGCCAUCGCCUUGCCCGCGGAGAUGAAAGUAAGGAAGAUGCCGAGCGACACUGAGAAAAUGGACAACACGAAGUCUGACAAGACUGAGGAGACCGGCGGCUCCCCCAAGUCCCCGGCCUCGCCUCUGCGCCCGCCCUCGCCGGCGUCCCCACACGGCGCCUCGCCCCGGGCGAGCCCGCGGUCCCCGUCCAAGCGAAUGUCGCCGGAGCUGCCGGUGGUGUCGGUGGAGGAGUUCCGCCGGCUCCUGAAGCGUCUCUACGGCAGCGUGCACGCGGGAUGGGUCAAGUACCUGGAUGUGACCGAGGUGGGUCGAGUGCCGAAGAAUGAGUUUGUGAACCGCGCCCGCGCCAUCGGCGUGACAGGCCACGUGGCAGCUCUCUUUGCAGAGCUGGAUUUGGAUGGGAAAGGCUUCAUCACCUUGAAGGACUUGGAUCCAGACGUGUCGAAGGCGGUGAAGGCGUUCUUCCUGUGCAUCAAGGAGUCCGAGUUCGGCUCCAUCUCGGAAACCUGGAAGCGAGCUUUUGAUGUGAAGAAGAGGCGAGUGGUCGGCCAGAAGGAGUUUGCGCAGGGCUGCGAGACCAUCGGCUACACAGGUGAUGCAAAUAAGCUCUUCCAUUUGCUGCAGCCCGACCCUGGCCGAACGUUCCUGGAGCUCGCAGACCUGGGCCGCCACGCCGCCGAGACCGUGAAGACGGACGAGGAGGUGGUGAAGGUUCUGAAGCCCUUCUUCCUUUGCAUCCAGGACUCUGAAUAUAGCUCCGUCCAAGAAGCCUGGAGAAAGGCCUUUGAUGUCGACCGAAAAAAGUACAUCGACAAGAAUGUCUUCGCCCAGGGCUGCAGUACCAUCGGCUUUGAAGGUGAUACUGACAAGCUGUUUUAUUUGAUGAAGCCGGAGAAGUCCAAAGUGGGCCCGGCGUCUCCGAAGAGCCGCGCCAAGGAAGAGUUGCUAGAGUUCGCGGACUUGGUGCGAAAUGCGGAGAAGGUUGCCAGAUCUGAUGAGGAGGAGUCCCGGCAAGAGCCAGCUGAUUGAGAGGCGUCGUCACCUUGGCUUGGCAGCCAGAUUGGGCCUUUGCCCAAGGCAAGGCCAUGUUGGGGGGUUGCAUCAAAGCUCUAUGUGCCC